GAUAGCGAGUGGCGGAGACCAACUGAACCGUUCUACCUGUAUCUUGUUUGCAUGCAAACAGGAUGCCCACAACUGUAAGACAUGCAUCCUGUUACUCCCACUGGAUACCAGCCUGCAACACCCAUUCAACCAAAAAACUGUAGCAAAGAUACUGGACGCUUCAAAUUGAGAGCAUCCUAUAAAAGUAAAAGGAUCUACUCCAUUGAAUCGGGCACCUCUAAGAUGACGACCGUCUCUUCAAUCCCUACCAAGUAUCAAACAGUGGUGAUCGACAACUCGGAGAAGAGAGGGUUUGGUUCUCAAGCCAAAAGGUUUGAUAAUUACAUGAAGCAGAUUGAAAUCCCAGGGCCAGGUUCCUACAACGUUAUUCAUGGUCCGAUAGAAACCCUCAAACCAUCCUUCUCCAAAAGGGGGACAGGAGGGCUGGCAUCCAAAAUGUCCUAUCGACCAAUAAAUAAAUUCGCCCACUUCCCAGCAGCAAACCGUUACACCAUCCCAUCCUCAUUAAUAUCGAGGAAGGACUUCAACCAUGGACACAGCAGCAUGUUUGAGAAACCAAUUGCAAUGGCAGUGCCUCCUCCCACAACACCUGCACCCAACCAAUAUGAUAUUUCGAAGGCUCCGUUGGGAAAAAGUAACAAUCUCGCCGCUCAACCUGCGUUCUUAUCCAAAACGCAGAGAGGCUUGUCUCUGUCCGGGCUGGUGAUGGCACCAUCUCCUUGUCACUAUUUGGUGGACCAUUCUUUGACAAAACAAUCAUCGAAGGCCAUCGUCUCAUCUUUUAAAUCCAAGACAAUCCGUAAGAUGGUUGCAGACCCAACGAUGACCCCAGGCCCAGCAGCCUAUGAUCCACGAGAACCCAAAUCCCCGAUCAGCAUGCUGCUAAAGGUCGCAACAACUGGGAAAAGGCAGACAUCGUCUAUCGCUGCUCCUCCAGCCCCGGUGUUCCGCUACACCCCUCCCCUGGGGCCGGGAUAUUAUAACAUCGUUGAUUACGUGGGGCCUCCCAAACGGUACAUAUCCAGCGCCGUGUUUGUCUCCAACACGGCCAGAUCGGUUGGACCUCCUUGCAAUGACUUUCCUGGGCCAGCCUCCUACCACCCAAAGAAAAAAGGGAAGCGGUCGUUUCUGUACAAUGUCUGUAAAAACUGGGUGCCAAGUUAAGGCCCGGUGGAACGAAGAGAGACUUCAGUCUGUGAAGCAUACGCGACGACAACAACAACGACAACUCCCUUUACAUAGCGCCCUGCACACCGGGCGGCGUCUCAGAAGCUGUGCUUUCAUUCAGGAGAAAUUAACAGCGCCAAUGAAUGCACAGAAGCAUCAAUACCAGUGAAACAAAGCGAACGUCUGAGUUUGUCAUCGCCAUUGGAUCCACGUCUGAUUUAUUACGUAGAAGAUUAUCACUAGAUUAUCAAGAUGCGUCUCCCACAAACAUUACUCCCUCAACCUCCCCCUCCACUCUCUCCCCCCCCACCUACAAAAAAAAAGCACCAUUAUUCGAUGAGGCAGUUGUGCCCUAAGUUAACGUUAGGACUAAUUUUUAAUGGAGUGUUUAUUUUUAACGGUCUGUAUAUUCAGUGUAAGUUUUUUUAAAAAAAAA